UUGGCAGCGGGGGGAGGGGGGGGGCACUGGUGGUAACGUCAUCACGUUGGUAUGGUGUUGACGUGGCGUGAGCUCCAGUAGCAGCAGCAGCAGCUAACAGCAGCAGCUAGCAGGCAGGUAACACACCAAGGUGAGGCUGAAGCUAAUCCCCUGGAAGAAGCAGGAUGGAUUUCACUCAGCACAACUGAUUGAUCGGCGCUCACUUCUUCCAGUGAACAAAGAUGUCCAGUAGAAGUCAGCACUAUGGGUUCCAGUCAGCCACCAUGGUGCAGCCUUCCAAUGGCGGUCAUGCCUAUCUCUUUGGAAACAAUGGCUCAGAGAAUGACCUGUCGGAGGAGGAUGGCGAGAUCUACGAGCUGCGGCCUCGUGGAAGAGAGAGGCUACGGAGGAGCACGUCCAGAGAGCGGUUGGACAUUAUCUACCUGAGCAAGGACAUCCAGGAGGGCGACACCCUGAACAGCAUUUCCCUGCAGUAUCAUUGCUCAGUGGCUGACAUCAAGCGUGCCAACAAUCUCCUGACAGAGCAGGACUUCUUUGCCCUGCGAUCAGUUAAGAUUCCUGUGAGGCGCUUCAGUGUCCUCACAGAGACUCACACCGCUGGUCCUCUGAAAUCUGCCUCGCCCUCAGGUCCCAGGCGCCUGCCUCAGAUCUCGCCCGUUACCUCCCUCCCUUCCGAGUCCUCCACAGACUCUUCUUCUACCGAAAGCGUGGAAGGGUUCCUCCUGGAGAAGGACAAGGACAUUGAGCGGCUGGUGAAAUCCACAGGCCCGUCUCGAAGCAACCUGAAUGAGGUGGUGUCCUCCUUAACGCUGCAACAGCAGCAGCCACUGCUAGCAGAAGUCGAGUAUAAACCAGCACAGAGAAAGGACCCCUAUUACGGCGCCGACUGGGGCAUGAGAUGGUGGAUGGCGGUGGCCAUCAUGCUGGUUGUUGGUAUUGUCACACCUGUGUUUUAUCUGCUGUACUAUGAGGUUCUUGUGAAAGCUGAUGUCAGCCAUCAUGGCGUCCCUACAAAAGCCAAUGGCAGCAUGUCAAAUGUAAAUGUCCAUGGCGAUAAGAUUGACCCUCCUGCUGGAGAAGACAACAAUGCAGGAGCCGGGCCUGGACAUCUUGAUGGAAGUAUGGUUAAAGGAGAUCCUUCAGAACUGGAUGUGGACAAAGCAGGAGACGGUGGACAUGGAGGCCAUGAGAAAACAUAGCAAGGGAUUGAAAUUUUAUAUGCAAGUUUGUUGCUAGCUGAGAGACCUAAUAAACUGGCGUUCACAUAUUGACUUACUACAUCAAUGCAAUCUGACUGAUUCAGACAGUCUUUUAUAUGGUUGAGAGACCAGAAAUAAGGGUAAAGGCCACAUAAUGCCCUGUGUCGGUCCACAGUCUUAUGCUUUUGAACAAGCAGCAUCUUCGGGCUGGAAACAGAUCCAGCUGUCUCUGCCAGAUGUGUCGCUCUUGACAGACACGUUACAAAGGGUUGAACGCUUUUGGAACCGAUGUCUCUCAGAGUUUGUGUCAUCAGCAAAGCCAGGAGAACCUGGGAUGUUUUUGUCAUCUGGGCUGCUGCAUUUUCAGGAAGCUCCACACAGACCACGUGAGAGAAAAACUCCCAACAGUUUCCACAGCGAUGGAUCAGUGACCAAAACGUACGACGAUCAGUUCUGUGGAUUUUAUUUAAACACCAAAUCCACAGAAUUACUCAGAUUGGUCAAGCUGUACUUGUUUCCAUGUAAAACAUCCAACACCAUUAGUUGGAAAAGUAUGAAUGCUGCCAUUAUGUUCGAUACAGAAUUAAUUUAUUUCACUACACUAUCAGUAUUGGGAGUUACCAAUUAAAUUAAAUUCCACAUGA